CUCUUCCUCUCACGAAAGGCUGCUCGGACGGAUAUUCUUCUCCCACAGUGGCGUAUUUUGUCGAUAGAGACAUGGCGCUUAGCUCCCUUGCCUCCGCCCCUGCUCCCGUCCGCGAGUCACAGUUGCGCCCCCUUUUGUACCGCGGAGUUUUUUCUCUCUCUUCCCCUCUCUCCCCUUUUCUCCCUCUUGAAUGUGUGCGAUCGCCUCCCUUCGACUGGGAAAUUCUCUGGAAGAUCGUUUUCACUGUCAGACAACACAAACGCGUGCUUUGCUUUUUUCCCCUUUCUUUCUCUCUGCCUACUCGUACAUUUUCGGUAUUUUGGAUUUCACGAUUACUGAUUUUGAAUUACCGCUUGUGAAAUCUUGCGUCGGUUGUGAAGUUUUACGGUGCGAGGGAAAACUUGGAACAAAUUCCUUACGAAUCUAUAUUGAAGUCAGUGGCUAAUUUUCGGAAAUAAGAGUUACACUGAAAAGGCAGGAGGUAACUCUGUUGUGGUGCGCAGUGUGUGGUGUGUUCUGCGAUUAUUUUAAUUCGAAAAAAACGUACUAUUUUGGUGCCGAAGUGUUCUAAAGGAAAUAAAGACACCGAAGUUCAGUGUUGACAUCUAAGUAAACAACGCAAAACAUCCCCCAAUACAGUUUGUAUAGGCCCACAGAAACGUGUCUAUUCCUACGACUUGACGACAAAACUUGUGAUCACAUCUACACCAUGGCACUCACGUAACAGUCACACAAACACACACACACAAACACACACGCACACACACACACUCACAAACGUAUUUAUAGCUGUCCGCAUCAAUAGAGAGUAACUCGCAGAGAGCGUAGUUUGCUCACCGCCCCAUCCAACUCGCGUAAAAACAGGGCCACUACGUCACAGGCAGUUCUCAACACACCGACGAUGGGACGGUGCUACACACGACACGGUGUGCUGUCGACACAGUCAGAUGCACUGGCACAUCGUUCCUGACCCCGCUGUUGGACAACACACUCGCUCACUCAUUCACAGUUGACAGGCACACCCGAUUUCAUCACCAUGGUUGAGAUGCAUCUACCGUCCCCUGUAAGUCUCUGCUUGUUGCUUGGGACGAUUUCCUUCCUGUGGCAGAGCUCUCAAGCCAAGCCACGGCGUCGAGGAAUGUCGUAUGAAGACAUGGUGGUCAACAAGGUGGUGGAGUCCUACAAGAUGCGCACAGUCCACAGCCGUCCGGUGCUCAACUACAACGACACGCUCAGCGUGGCUUUUGCCAUACAGCUACAGCAGAUCAUGGGCUUGGACGAGCAGAACCAGGUCCUCACUCUCAACAUCUGGGAUCAGAUGGCAUGGGACGAUCAUCAGAUCAAGUGGGACGAGGAAGAAUACGGAGGAGUGAAGGACGUCAGAGUGCCGUGUCACAAAAUCUGGACGCCAGACAUCAAGCUUUACAAUUAGUUCAUCAUCGACUGUCCUGCCUUCCGUCACGUGAUCAACUACACCUGCUGCCCAGACAACACGUUCGUCAACCUUCAAUACCACCUCAUCUUCCAGCGUCGCUCAGCUCUCUACAACUACAUCCUCAUCCUGCCCUGCAUCCUCCUCACUUCCAUCACCCUCAUCCUCUUCUGGAUCCCGCCAGAGUCUCCAGCUAAGACCCAGCUAGGCACAUACUACUGCCUCAACAUGAUCCUCAUCACCCUGUCCAGUUUCCUCAACGUUCUCAUCGUAGAUUUGACCACCCACGGCCUUAGGACUGCGACCCCUCCCAGAGUCGGAAAGGAGAAUAAAUGGAAACACGACCCCACGGCUUCCAAUGAGGCAUUAGCACAACUACAACGAGAUCAAACUAUGCAGCAAGGCGGCGGGGGUCCCCUUGCGGAGAUUGAAAGCAAACUGAACGAGCUUCGAGAGUUCAUGAAGCUGCAACAGCAACGUCUCAAAGAAAGAGACCAAAAGGAGAUUGUGGCCAAGCAGUGGAAGGCUGUAGCCCUCAUCCUCGAUCGCAUCUUCUUUAUUAUCUAUCUGUGCAUCAUCACAGCUUCACUGUGUUACACUCUGCCCGUUCUCACCUCGGUCAGGUCGCAUUACAAUUCGACAUUGCUUGACAAGGCACGAGGGAUAAACACCACCGCCGCAUAGUAGCAGUUACAGAAGUUUUUGGUAGUGGCGCCGAAGUCACUAAUGUGCUUGUUGUUCUUGUGGGGUAUUUCCAUGAAAACGUGAAGAUGAUUCUGACAAAAGUGAUGUUCUCAGUGUCAGGAAGAGUGAUACUGAUGGCGUGUUGUUAUUGAUGAUGAUGAUCAUGAUGAUGAUGACGAUGAUGAUGAUGGUGAUGAUGAUGAUGAUGAUGAUGAUGAUGAUGAUGAUGAUGAUGAUGAUGAUGAUGAUGAUGAUGAUGAUGAUGAUGAUUCAAGAGAAAGCAUAGUCUGAGAUAAAUGAUUGAUUUGGGAGAGCUGUGGUUUUAAAGCACGGUAGCUUAUUAAGCAAUGCUACCAAAUCAGAUCUUCCUGAAGCAAUUCAUGUUUGAUUGUGUCAUGAGCGAAAGAAUCUGUAUACGUGUCAGAAAGAUAUCCUAUGUGAUUCACCUGCCUUGCACCAUGCUCCAAUAAAAUCAUAUGUUGCAUUCUUUACGUGAUGUCUGAAAUCAUGCACGUGAAUUUUACAAAGAUUCCUCCUCAAUAACUGAUGUUUUACAAUAUUUCCAUCUGUUUGAGCUGUUCUGGCGGCUCCAAGAGUUAUGGAUCAAGGCAGGUAUCACAAGCUGUUACUUUGGGUUGUAAUGCUAUUUAUUGAUGCUUACGGGGUAAUUAUCCUUGCUGAUUUCAGCGCGUAUUUGUGUUUUAUUAACGAGUAUUUCUAACUUUCUGUAUGCAAUGUUAUCUCAACUGGUAAUAUACUUAAAUAAGAGGAGAGAGUCUCCGGCUUUGAACCACCUAAAGGCGUUCCUGAGAAUGAGAUGUCUGAGGAGUUUUAUGGUCUCCCCCCCCCCUCCCCCGCUUAUCGACGAGAACAUUUGCCUUCGGUUAUUCAAGGGAUCAUCAUAAAACGUAACCUUUUUUAUUUUAUGACAAGUGUAGAAUCGAAAUUCUGGUUUCUGGCUGAAUGAAAGUGAGAGAAACUGCUACUAGAAGAGUGAUGAUUUCUCAUUAUCUGGUUUGAUGGAAAAUAAUUCAAUAUCCGACUAAGGGUAAAAGCUGAUUUUUGUUUUUCUUAUGUAUUCGCAUUUAUUAUGCAAAAGUGUUCUUCAAUUACAUCAUCUAGAAUUUUAGAAAGUGGAUAUUAUUCUGUGAAGUGUUGAACCCAUUAUACGUACAGACGCACUCCUCACCUUCGACUUUGUUACAUGUGUGCGGUGUGUAGUGGAUGUGGGGCGGCGCAAAGAGAUCACCUAGAGUGUGUGUACACCAUCCAACCUUUUCCAAGUUGAAUAGUCCGAUAAUAUAAUACUAUGUGUCAUGCCUUGACGUCAUUUAAUAUCAAAGCUAACAUGAGCAGUGGCUGUUGUGAUAGACUUGGAUGUCGAAUGACGUAGGCACACAUUUCUGUCUCGGAUAGUGUGGAUCGUGUGUACAUCCUUUGAAGGAUUCUGAUAGUUUUGCACGUGUUGUUUGUUUGUGUAAGUUCUAGAAGCUUUUCACCGGCUUUGCAGCCCAUCACUUUCCUUGUGUAUUUAAAGCGUGAAAUGUGUGUUCUUCAAUGCCGAACCUUGUUCGUGAAAACAUCGACAUAAAUUGCAGUCCUUUUCUUGGCCACGAUGUUACUGUGGUAAUGAUAAUUUGUUACAGUUACUGCAAGUGUCAUAAGAUAUACAUCGAUUUUUUGAGAGAGAAAAAUGUAAUAUUGUAUUGUCACACAAUAUUUUCAUGCAUCGACACCUAUUCCUACCAAAUUCACACUUAUCUUUUUUUUCUUUUCUUACCCAAUCAGCAAACUUUGGUUGUAAUCUGCAAAGGUGAAGGCUUGUCUCGCCUAUUUUAUUACUCAACUAAUAAACAAGAGACCUAUAGGGCCAAGCAUGUUGUAUAGUUGACAAAGGAGCAAAGUGUUUCAUUCAAAUAAUAUCACCUGGGAGUUUUUCUCUAUCCAACUUCAUAUGUCUUUUAUCUGUAACCUUCACCAGAGUUUCCUGCAUAGAUUGAAAACGUUUGCUUCAGCACUAAACAGGUGACCUAUAUUUUAACCAGAAUCUUUUUUGUUGUUUCUAUCGUAACAGUUGCAUCUUCGCAAUCUAAAUGAGUUUCACACGAAAUUAAAAUACUCCGUUCCCUCACAUCUAACACUCAAACUCUCUUCUUACAUUUUACAGCGAAACAUCUUGUGAAUUCCUCUUAACUCCUGUGAAUUUUUUAUUCGCAUUUCAAAGUGGUCAGCAAUUGCUUGUCUCUGGAAAUGUCAAGAUACACCUGCUGUUUGGUACCAUAGAAACACGCUGUCUUGAUUUGUGCACCUGUCGAUAAUGUUAGCUAUAUAUAGAGCGGAUUGUUGCAGAGUCAGCUGAUAUUUUCUAGCUCCCCUUUCCCAGUCUUUUGUCAACCGUCUUGUCAUUUAUUCAAUUCUGAGGGCACUGUCCACUUUUUAUUUCUGUUUCUCUAACUUUUAGUCUAUGUGACGAUGUGCUGACAGAAAGUCAAACAUACGCUGAAAAUUACAUACAGACUUAGCACAGAAACAGAUUAUUAUGCUUUAAAACGUAACGCCAUUGCUAAACACAUAUUAGACCAUUUUGACACCAUAGUAAUUUGGUAUGUCCCAUGAUGUUGGGGGAAUAGAGAGAAAAAUGUAUCUUAAAAGACCUCCCCACCCAAAAAAAAAUUACAGUUAAAAAAAAAAAAAGAAAAAAAAAGAAAAAUUCAGAAUCACUUUAGCAUUUGAACAUCGACCGUUCAUGUUUUGGCUACGCCUAUAUCGGACUGUGCCCUCGUCUCUGGCUCAUGUUUCCAGUCUGUUGGCUUUGGCCAGCAACUUAAGACUGUUACUAGUCUUCCCUUUUCAGAGUCUGUGGUGGAGCAUUUGGCGCUUCUCCACAGCAGGCAGAAGACCCGAGUUCGAUUCCCAUGCGGGUAGAAUUUUUAUCUUGCGUCUUCGUCUGUCUGCUGUACCGCUGUGAGCACGGGUUUACCCUAAGACGCAGGGUAGAGGCAGCCUGCCUUCUCAGUGAUCCAAAAAGGUGUCGAUGGAGGUAUAAAACUUUUACAAUUUCAAUUUUUGCAUUAUUUUCAACUUUCAGUCAAAUACAAAGGGUAGGAUCCAAGACUUUUUGACUGACCAUUUUACCAUGAAUAUCUGUUAACAUUCGGGGAUCGACAUGAUUAGUUCUUGUGCGUUCUUUAAAGUUUGAUAUUCCUGAAUAUGUUCUGAUUUAGCAGCUCAUAGCUAGUGAGUCAGGGAGUUCCUACCCCUUGAACCCCAAAUCAUACGCACAUAUACACACAUGCACUCAUCUUCUUCCCAAAAGAAGAUCCUUCCCACGUGGAAAACCCUUUACUUUUAACCACUCUUCUUCCUUUUCACAUGUUAUUCAUGGCAGGCAAAGCGUGCACCAUUAUAACUGCAUACAACCAAAUGGUGCAAGAUGCUUACCUUUUUUGGAAGGAAGUGAAUUUUCAUGGAAUAUUUGGAAUCCUGUAUUUUGAUUUUGAUUCAAUGAAAAUAAAACAUAAAAAAACGAAGGUCCU